GCCAGCUGAGAGGCCGCUGCGGGCGGAGAGCCGCUGAGCCUGCCCGCCACCCGAGCGCUCUGGCCCGUCGCCCCGCGCUUCUGCCGCGUCUCGGCGCCCCGAGCAGCCGCGCCGGACGGCCGCGCGAGCCCGGGCGGGGCAGGCAGGCCGGGCGGACGCCGCCUGCGGAGAGGCCGGGGGCCGGCCUGUGUGGGACCGUGCGGCGGCGGCGACUCCGGGCCGGGCCGGACAGCGCAGGGCCAUGGCCGAGGCGACCCCGGCUCCGACUUCUGAAUGGGACUCCGAAUGCCUUACAUCCCUGCAGCCCCUUCCUCUCCCCACACCCCCCGCGGCAAACGAGGCACACCUGCAGACUGCAGCCAUCUCCCUGUGGACAGUGGUGGCAGCUGUGCAGGCUAUAGAGAGAAAGGUAGAGGUCCACAGCCGGCGACUCCUGCACCUAGAAGGACGGACAGGCACAGCCGAGAAGAAGCUGGCCAGCUGUGAGAAGACAGUGGCCGACCUCGGGAACCAGCUGGAGGGCAAGUGGGCCGUGCUGGGGACCCUGGUGCAGGAGUACGGGCUGCUGCAGAGGCGGCUGGAGAACCUGGAGAACCUGCUGAGAAACAGGAACUUCUGGAUCCUGCGGCUGCCCCCGGGCAUUAAAGGAGACAUCCCAAAGGUGCCUGUGACAUUUGAUGAUAUCUCCAUCUACUUUUCCACUCCAGAGUGGGAAAAGUUAGAAGAAUGGCAAAAGGAACUUUACAAGAAUAUCAUGAAGGGCAACUACGAGUCUCUCAUCUCCAUGGAUUAUGCCAUGAAUCAACCUGAUGUCUUAUCUCAGAUUCAGCCAGAAGGAGAACAUAAUACAGAGGACCAGGCAGGGCCAGAGGAAAGUGAGAUUCCCCCUGACCCCAGUGAAGAGCCUGGCAUUUCCACAUCAGAUAUUCUGUCUUGGAUAAAACAAGAGGAGGAGCCCCAGGUUGGGGCCCCGCAGGAGCCCAAGGAGAGUGCCAUAUACAAGAGCACCUACGCUGAUGAAGAGCUUGUCAUCAAAGCCGAAGGCCUUGCCAGAGUCUCCUUGUGUCCCGAGGUUCCAGUCACCUUCUCUUCUCCACCAGCAGCAGCAGCAAAGGAUACUUUUGCAGACGUGGCUUUCAAAAGCCAGCAGUCUGCAUCCAUGACCCCUUUUGGACGUCCGGCCACUGACCUGGCCGAAGCCUCUGAGGGCCAAGUGACUUUUACUCAGUUGGGUAGCUACCCACUGCCGCCUCCGGCUGGGGAGCAGUUGUUCUCAUGCCACCACUGUGGCAAGAGCCUCAGCCAAGACAUGUUGCUGACUCAUCAGUGCGGCCACGCUGGCGAGCACCCCCUGACCUGUGCCCAGUGCCCCAAGCACUUUCCUCAGCAGGCCGAGCUCGGCAACAACUCCCAGGCCCCCGCCAGUGAGGCGCCCCCGACCUGCCCGCACUGCGCCCGAACUUUCACUCACCCGUCAAGACUCACCUACCACCUCCGGGUCCACAACAGCACUGAGCGCCCGUUCCCCUGUCCGGACUGUCCCAAGCGCUUUGCCGACCAGGCGCGCCUCACCAGCCACCGGCGAGCCCACGCCAGCGAGAGGCCCUUCCGCUGCGCGCAGUGCGGCCGGAGCUUCAGCCUGAAAAUCAGCCUCCUGCUCCACCAGCGCGGGCAUGCGCAGGAGCGGCCUUUCUCCUGCCCGCAGUGUGGCAUUGACUUCAACGGCCACUCGGCCCUGAUCCGCCACCAGAUGAUCCACACGGGCGAGCGGCCCUACCCGUGCACUGACUGCAGUAAGAGCUUCAUGCGCAAGGAGCACCUGCUCAACCACCGGCGGCUGCACACGGGCGAGCGGCCCUUCAGCUGCGCGCACUGCGGCAAGAGCUUCAUCCGCAAGCACCACCUCAUGAAGCACCAGCGCAUCCACACGGGCGAGCGGCCCUACCCCUGCGCCUACUGCGGCAGGAGCUUCCGCUACAAACAGACGCUCAAGGACCAUCUGCGUUCAGGCCACAGUGGGGGCUGUGCAGGGGAGAGUGACCCCUCUGGACAGCCGCCGGACCCUCCGGGCCCCCUCCUCACGGGGCUCGAAACCUCUGGCCUAGGCGUUAACACCGAAGGUCUAGAGGCCAAUCAGUGGUACGGGGAGGGGAAUGGAGGGGGGGUUUUGUGAGCCUCCCUCCUUUCCUGGUUAGCUGUGCUCCCCGCAGGGCACGCGGAAGGCCCACGGGCCCCUCUGUUGGCACUUGGAUGAGUUUGGGGUCCUAUGCACUUGACUAGAGACGUGCUUGAGAUUGGGAACUUCACAGCACGACAAGAACACAUUUUGAAACCCAGAAAGACCUGGAAAGGAGCCCGGCACCCCCAUUUUUUCAAAAACAGGACUUACGCAGAAGUUGCAGAGAGACAGGAAAGCAAGGUUUGGCCUCCUGGGAAUCCAUCACAGGGUAAUAGAUUGAGAAGGAUCGCAGCUCUAGGUACAGACAGGGGUGUGGGAAGAGCUUCCACAGCUUGAAGCCCGUCUGAGGCCGAGUUUCAGCGCGCCUUUCCUGACGGGAAGACGGCUAAUGGGAGGAAGCGCUCCGGCCGCUCAGUCCCGGGGCCUGCCCCUCCUGACACCAGCUCAAGUCUGCUCGUGCGCGGAUGUACCGCCCCUCCCGAAAUGACAGCUCUCAACAGCCUGCCUAGGUUUCCUAGACGAAUUCUUCUGCAUACAUUUUAUUUAAUAUUGGGUGAGCAGGAAAUCUGACUUUAAAAUCUUCUUAAGGAGAACAGUUCUUAACUUUCACUAGCUUGGUUUGAGGCAUUCAGCCUCUUACUAGCUUUUAAACUGCUCGAAACCUUUGCUGAGGUCCUGGUUAAAAAGUUGGGAGCAGUGUUCUCAGCCCCCGCUUUAAAAGCUAGAGAUCCCAGAGAAAUGACAGAACAGCCUAAAAUUUGUGCCUGAACCAUGUUUCUUAGAGUCAUGUACGUCAAAUUCUUCCUUAUCAUUUACAAGCCCACAAGAUGGCUUUUCCAUUUCUGUUGUCUGAUACUUUUGACAGUCGUCGGCACUUUCCAGAAGCAUAAUUUCAGAAAGUGCCAAUGGACUCUCAGCUUUCAUUUCCUCAGUAGUGAGGUAUAGUGUUAUCACACAGCUUUCUUGAGCCAUCAGAAAGUGUGUUCACCCGUCUGGCUAUUCCCCUGGUGACAGUGGACAGAUGGAGGGACUUCUAGGUCACCGAGAGCUAAGCAUCACCCACAGAUAAGGACGGCCUCUCCCUGCUGGUUUUGCUUUUAGGGACCUUGGCUACCAUGUGUUCUUUUGUUGCGGUCAUUCAGUCACUUGGGAGCAUCUGAGCCUUGUACUAUUGCUAAGUGGCUUUGCAAUUGGGCGUAAGUCCCUUUUCCUUUAUAGAUACCAAGUUUGCAUCUGCAAAAUGAAGUUGGUGAAAGGGAAAAAGUGAGCCUGUAAAUUUUUUCAUCAAUCUUGUGAUAUAUUCCUUUUGCCAAAGUCCUCUCUAUCUCUGGUUUCUAUCCAGGCAAAGCCAAAUAAGACAGCAAAAUCAAAGCACACGCAUUCUUGCUGAAACUUGACAAAUCAGUUCGAUUUGUUGUUUUACUCUUGCUUGGAGCCUGAGGUGGAAGACAGAAAGAGAAGGCAAAGUCCCUGAGUCUUGAGCAGAACGUCUAUUUAUACCUGCACUUACUUGUUUCCCUAAUCUUCCUAAGAUGCCUGGAAACAAGGUCUGCAAGUAUGUAGACAGGACACUUUCUUGAUGAAGUGCUCAGAGAAGGACCCGUUUAACCCAUAUCACUUAGUCCAACCCUUACCCUGCCUGUUGUGUGUACGCACACUAGGAAAAAGCGGUACCCCAGCUAGCUUGGCUCCUGGGAAGGCUCUGCACAAACAUGCUCUCUUUAGGAUAAUCACAUUUAUAAAACAUCUGCUAGUCACUCGCAGUAUCUGGGACUGUGGGAGACCUAAGGAAUGAGUGAGUCCUAGUCUGCUGCCCUGACGUACAGCUUGAAGGCGAUGAAGAAUCCCAAGGGUAUAGAACAAACCAAAACAGGUGGUGAACAGAGCCCUGGCGUAUUGGGAUGAAGAGCUUUCUACCUAGAAUCUGGACCCACACUAAGGGAAAGUUGGGGGGUUCUGAGAAUUCUAGUUUCACUGGUGACUCACUAGGACCUUGAAUUUCAGUUCCAAGUCUGCUUUGCACUUCGAUCUCCCUAACGAAAAGGGAGAACCAUCCAAGUACGCUCCCUUUCCCGAAGAGAUGUAGGCAUUUCUCAGGGUGUGCUGGAGAAGGGAUUCUCACACCAGUGUGAUGUUGGACUAGGUAACAUGGAAAAUUCUUUUUUACUGAGGACACAGAGCUUACUAAUGAAGGGGACCUGCAGGUUAAAAUGAUGCAGAUAGAUGAUGUCACAGUCCCUUCUGCAAGGGACCCAAGUAACAGGGACGCAAACCAAUGAAGCAAGAGCCAUGAAGCUGAGUGAAAGGGAAUGAGCAGGGCCCCACCACAAAGAUGGAAUCAGUGUUACCCUAAUAUUUCACCCUGGUACAGACUAGGAAGUUCAAAUGGUACGUUCUGGUCUCGUCUCUCUCCACCAGGUAGAACUUCAAGCCAGCUCCAAAUUAGAGAGUUUGUUUGCUUAAGAUUUCAGGAGUGGUUAAGUAAAAUGGAUCAGUGGAAAAGAUUAAAGUCCAACAGAAGGGUUUCAGUGUGUAGAGAAACUUGGUCCCUCGAGCUCCUGAGAGAACCCAUUUAACUCAGCAGUGGAAGAAGUACCCGAGGAUUGGUUGUCAUGGCAGAUGUGACCGGAGAGGCAGACUCAGAAAUGUACUCAUCCGUCUGCCCUCUGUCCUAGCCCAUAAAUAGGCUCCGUCGCCUCAGUGCAGCUAGGUGUUGCUGUUACCACAGUCACUCUGCUCACUAUUAGGUUUUUCUUUGUCACCAUAAGAUGAACCUCUGGUUCAGCGGCAGAUGUGAAAAUAAAUGGAAGUUGAUUGCUUGUCUAGAAAGUGAAAGCUGAUGACUCUGGCCCUUUCUGCUGGACAUUUGAUCUUGGCAACGCUGGAGCUGGGCUCUAGCUCGAGCAGUGCUUUCUGUAACUUUCCUCAUUAAUAAUGGUCUGCAGAGUUCCCGUUGGGAGACUGCUGAGCUGCUUUUUGGAAUAUUUUUGAGAGAUUUGAGAGUCCAUUCCUAUCUCAACCAGGACCAGACCAAUGGAUUACUGGGGAAUAAUGAAAGUUCACUGUCUCAGUCUGCAGAGGCCUUCUUAACAUAAAAUGACUGGAGCUCUUUUAUCUGUUCAUUCCAAAUGGUAUGGAGAACCUCAGAUUUCCUCUUGAGGAGGGGCAAGACACCCCAUGCCUUCCUUCCUUGUGGCUGCCCGAGGGCUGCUCAGUAGCAGUGAGUAAAAGCAAGCCCUUCCCCGGAGGCCCGUAUAGACCAGGAAUCUUACCGUCAGAGGCAUGUUUUGUCUGUUCGCUGCAUGCCUUUGACUUUGUCCUCUUCACGCUGCAAAGGAAGCAGUCAUGUCUCACAGUAUGUACACAGAGGACAUCCUUUGACUAGGAAAUGUCCGGCUCUUACAAGCAAAAGGUCCUCAAGUAGGGUCACAUUGGGGAAUGGGGACGGGCAUUGCAGAAGGCCUUAACAUAAGGACACAUGGAUUCGUACAGCUUCAGGGUUCCGAGCAUGGCCUCUGAGUCAGACCUGGAUUCAAGUCCUGACAUCAUCAGAAGUAACAAAACGUACAUUAUUUAACCAUCAGGAGCCUAGUUUCCUUAUCUGUAAAAUAGGGAGACUGAUACCUCUGUCUCGGAGGUGUUAGGUGAGGGGAAACCUGUGAAAGUCCUGAGCACAGAGCCUGACACGUAGACGGUGUCCGGAUGGCAGCCGUCAAGAGAGGUGUACGGUACCAACCAGAGCUAGGGCCACAAAGCCGGUGAACUUGAAGCACAGCGUGUCAAGGCUGCUCUCCAGAAGCACAGGGUUGCCUGAUGGCUCAGCCUUCUACCUACCAUCUUUUGCUUCCAUGUAGCCUGUCCUGGUACUCUCUUUUCUCUACCUCCUGGCUCCCACAAGUUCCUGUGUGCCAUGACACCUUGUGGCUCUGAUUCCCUUGUAUUUUGUUAGUUCAGAUUCUAAGGUCUGGAAUGUGGCCCAUCUCUUCUAUACCAGGCCACAGAAGUUUCCAGCCAACCCUUGGAUUGGCUGCCCUUGGGAUAUGCGCUCAUCUUGGUUCAGUCAGCUGUAGUCGGGGGGAAGGUCCCUGCCUUGGGAAUGGGCAAAUGGUGGCACAGUAUGACAUUUCUAGUACUACUGGGCUAGGAGAGACUGGUCGCCUGUACCAGGGUCCUUAAAAGACACCUUCAUUAGCACUGUCAUAGAGCAGAGCUCGUCCCUUGCUCAAAGGACCUGGCAGCUGCCGUUUAUGUAUCUUGCAAAAGGAGCAAUUUGUCACUUUCCAGGGUGUUAUUCCUCCCUUUCUAGCCCUGCUCCAAUUUUUUUUAAGUGUGUAACUCUGGCCAUAAUUAUCUGCGCACAUACACAAUGACUUUUGUCAACUUGGUCAAAUUGCCUCUUCAAAACAAAAGAUUAUUUCACCCCUAAAACCAGCCAUCCACUGAAGAAUUCAGAAAGAUACAGUCCAAUCAGAGAAGCCUCAAAAGCAGUGUGCUGCCAUCCUCUAAAACUUGGCAGGUUACAUGUCAAAUAAAAUAUCUGAUAAAA